UCAAAUAUGCCCCUCCCUAAUGCGAUCCUAUGUUCCAAAUUUUAUUUUCAUAACUUUAUUUAUGGCUUAGUUAUAGCUCUUUAUGUGUUUUUGGUUAUCGCCAUUUUGUGGGCGUGGCAGUGGUCCGAUUCCGCCCAUUUUCGAACUUAACCUUCUUAUGGUGCCAAGGAACGCGUGUUCCAAGUUUCAUUAAGAUAUCUCAAUUUUUACUCGAGUUACAGCUUGCACGGACGGACAGACGAACAGACGGACGGACGGACAGACAGACAUCCGGAUUUGAACUUUACUCGUCACCCUGAUCACUUUGGUAUAUAUAACCCUAUAUCUAACUCGUUUAGUUUUAGGACUUACAAACAACCGUUAGGUGAACAAAACUAUAAUACUCUCUUUAGCAACUUUUGUUGCGAGAGUAAGGAAGGGCUAAGUUCGGGUGUAACCGAACAUUUUAUACUCUCGCAAUUUAUAUUGUAUAAAGUCCAUUGGAAACCUAUGGUCCGAUUUUGAUUUUUAGAAUGGGGCUGCCACACUAUAAACGUAGUAUUUGUGCAAAGUUCUGCAUCGAUAUCUUUACUAGUGCUUACUUUAUAUAUUGUAAAGUAAACGAUUCAGAUUGUCUUCAAAGUUCUGGUGUAUAGGAAGUAGGCGUGGUUGUGAAGCAUAUCAUUGGGAUGUAAAGAAACUAUUACAAACCAAGUUUCAUUAAAAUCGGUGGAGUAGUUCUUGAGAUAUGGUUUUUGACCCAUAAGUGGGCAAUGCCACGCCUAUUUUCCAUUUUGUAAAAAAAGCUGAGUGCAGCUUCCAUCUGCCAUUUCUUAUGUGAAAUUUAGUGUUUCUGGCGUUUUUCGUUAGUGAGUUAACCCACUUUUAGUAGUUUUCAACAUAACCUUUGUAUGGGAGGUAGGCAUGGUUAUAAUCCGAUUUUCUCCUUUUUUAGACUGAAUAAGGGUAGUACCCAAAAGAAACGACUCCAGAAAGUUUCCUUGAUAUAGCUUUAGUAGUUUGCGAGAUAUGUACAAAAAACUUAGUAGGGGGCGGAGGCCCAAAAAAAUUACAUCCACAUAUGCCCCUGCAUAGUGCGAUCCUUCAUACCAAAUUUUACUUCCAUAACUUUAUUUAUAGCUUAGUUAUGGCACUUUAAGUGUUUUCGGUUUUCGCCAUUUUGUGGGCGUGGCAGUGGUCCGAUUACGCCCUUCUUAACCUUCUUAUGGUGCCAAGAAAUACGUCUUCCAAGUUUCAUCACGAUAUCUCAAUUUUUACUCAAGUUACAGCUUGCACGGACGGACGGACAGACAUCCGGAUUUGAACUUUUCUCGUCACCCUGAUCAUUUUGAUAUACAUUCAAACCUGUAUAAGCGAGAGUUCAAGGGAGCACAAUCUUAUUAUCGCUUAAAGAGGUUUCUCACUAACCCGAGUUUCUCGCUAAUGCACGUACAUAUGUAGUGUUUCUCUCUUAUAGAGGUACGCAGCAAUAACAAGUCACAGCAAGUACGAAUGUAGUAAAUAUGUACAUAUGUAAACUCACUCUGAAUUUCAUUCCGCGAUUUUCCGGAUUCAAACGCAUUCACUAUUUUAAGCUUAUCACUUAAAGACAGUACUUUGAUUUUUCUUUUUGACAUGAUGCAGAGCAGAACUUUCCUUCGCAAUUGAUAACUAUAAACUGAGUGAGUCCGACAAACAGGACGGUAAACAAGCACACGUGUCCAUUCGAAAAGAAUGCCAUAGAGUAACAGCAUUUUUAGUUCCACGAAAAAAAUACAAAACAAUGAUCGGAAGUUUUGCAAAAGUUAAGAAUGAGUCAUAAAAUUGCAGAUGUUAAACUUGUAAAUAAAGUUCGUCUCUCGCUUAUAGAGACCAGAUAAGUAGCAGUCUCACUUACGGAGGUCUAUGAGGCAAAAACGACUCUCUCUUACAGAGGUUUUUGUUUCUCACUAAUAGAGGUUUUGGAAGCUUAAAAUGACGGGUCCUAGCUAUUACUCCCACUUAUAGAGUUUUCUCACUAAUGCAGUUCUCACUUAUCCAGGUUUGACUGUAUAUAACCCUAUAUCUAACUCGUUUAGUUUUAGGACUUACAACCAACCGUUAUGUGGACAAAACUAUAAUACUCUCGUAGCAACUUUGUUGCGAGAGUAUAACAAAUAUCAACGACGAUUAUAACGUUUUGCCACAACGUACACAACAAAAAUUUAGGGACAUCGAACCUUCACAGUUAUAUACCGAAAGAAUAUCAAUAUCCAAAAAGAAAUGGGAACACCUGCAGGAACUUAAAUUUUUACUUCCGGCUGACUGCCACAGCUUUUAUGAUAGUAUACCCUUUACAUCUUAAACCUAUUCUAAUUUGCUAUUUGUAUUGCAGGUUUUGUUGUUUUCAAAUGAAUUAUUUUGUUUUUCUUAACCAGUUUAAUUUAAUUUUAUUUUCUCAAAUUAAAUGUAUUAAUUAAAUAAUUUCUUUUGUGUUAAAAUACUUACAAUAAAUAGAUACAAAAAGACAUAACUUGUUAAAAACUUUUUUAGUUACAGCCUAAAAGCACAUUUUCUUAUUUUAACCAUGCUUUAAUUUUAUACACAAUUUUUUUCAAGCAGUUACGGCUUUUUGGUUUCAGAAAAAUAGAGUGCAAAAUGCCGUAACUAACAUUUCUUAAAAACUGCUUUUUUCCCAUUAAUUUGGUUUUCAGAAACAAAUCCGUCUUUGUUUUCUAAGCUUAACUCUACAAUUUGGAUAUUUAGCUUUAAGUAGUCUUUAAUCUAUAACGUUUUUUGCUUCUCCUGUAAAAUGCGAAAAAUGUUAGUUACGGCCUUUUGCAUUUUAGGUGACGAUAAGUAGAUUUUAAGACACUAUAAAGGCCGUCCAGUAAAUUUAUUUUUUAAACGUGUUAAAGUAGCGAAGAUGUGCCGCUACUAGGCUGUGACCGGUAAGAAUGCCAACCAUGGUCCUACAACCCUUUCUAUCGAGCUCCAGUAGGAACCUUGUAUAUUUUUUAUCUACCGCUUUGCACAUAACCUUUGCAGUUUUACACCCCGGUAGAUCCUUCCAGCGAGAUAUGAGUUUUCUUGCCAUGCACCUGUCUAUGUCGUCGUACAGAAUGUGCAUGGCUUUACCAAUGUUGAUCAUGUUUCCGGGUGACAAUUGUACACCACUCUUGGCAAUCCCGUCUACGAUUUCGUUGCAAUGUCUACAUAGCUAUUACAAGUAAUUAGCCUUGGUUUACUAUGGCGAAUAGAGAAUUUAUCAGACCGUGGUAGGAAUUCUAGUUACAUAUUACUUAAAUUAUGGUUGGAAAUGUAAGCAGCAAUCAUUUCGUUCUUGAAAACUUUAAGCAUAGGUAUUUUAACCUUCUCAGAAAUAUGUGUUUCUUUUUGUUAAGAUAUUUUUUAAUUUAUGGUUUUAUUACUAUAACCAUACCUGGUAACUAUUACAAAAGCAAUAAGUUCACUUUAUAAUCAUUUAAAUGAUGUAUGUACUAAAUAUUGUUACAAGGGAGCUGUUUUCUAGUGCAUAAAGAAAAUAGUUGCAGAACAAUACAAACCAGAAACGCUGACACAAUUAUUUCAAAAACAAAUUUACAGGCCACACAAAUAAUGGAAUAUCACAGACGAAUGCUUCACAAUUUUAUGGUACUAAAUUAUGUUGCCAGAAAAAUGAUUAAUUUGUAUAAAGACAGAAUUCCUUACGAAGUCAAUAGAGUAAAUUUGCGGAGCGAUAUACAUGAUCAAACUAAAUAUGCAGGAGAAGACAUUUUAAAUGAAAAAGAUAUGUUAAAGUAUAAAUUAUGGCUAAGUAGAAAUUGUAAUAACCACACGGGGAGAUAUCGGCGAUUUUCUGAUGCUUCGCAUGAGCGGAAUCAGGAAUUAGAUGUUAUAAACGUUACAGGCUAUGCAUUAUAUCAGCACCCAUACAAAUUUAAUAGAAAAGUUCAUUUAGUUCCAAAACAUACAGCAAGACAUAUUCUCAUUGAUUCUGUUGAAAAACCAAGAAAAAACUACGAAGAGAACUAUAAAACAAAGAAUACGAAACUUAAGUCAAUUCAAUUUUCACCUGAAGCUUCGAAGAAUGAUAUUGGUAUCAAAGAUAUUACAGAUAUUGCUUUAACAACAUUAUCAUUUCUAUCUUUUGGGAUGUUUGUUUUACAAGUUUUAACCUGUCUAACUGCUGAAAAACUUAGUGCAAACAGUAUUAUUUUUACACACACAGCCACUACAAACACAGUGGUGGAGGAUGAAGACAUUGAAGAGAUCCGCAGAAGGAAGAGAUCGCCUAUAACUAUCCCCCUGAAGCAAGAUAUUAUUGCUCAAAAAUCUUUGCGCUUUCUUCAGCUACUUUCUAAUACUUCUUUUGUGAAUUAUUCUUGCUUCAAAUAUCUUAUCUGCGAAAAUGGUGAUGCUAUGAGAAACCAAUUACUGGACCACGCAUUUUGGAUUCCUAUUUGGAGUGUUGGCAUUACCUGGAUAACAAACUACAAACAAAUAACGGGUUCUAACCCUCACUAUUCCAGUCACAACAUGGAGAAUUUAAAAGCUAUUAUUACUGGAGCAUUAGGAAAGUAUUCAUGUGAAAUCAACUUUAAAAAUGCGUGCUGAAAAACCUACCUACUACUAAAAUUUUGCACUGUUCUAUAAAAUUGAUGCUUGUUCCCGUCAUAGUUCUAGAUUAAAAACUGUGUUUUUCAAAAACUUUGUAUCAAAUAGAAAAUACAUAUAUAUUUUUAAUUAAA